AAUGGCGAUCUGAAUUGUUGUUGUCGAUUUGUCAGACGCUUUUACACAACACUUUAAGACCAAUACUCAAAUUUUAACACUGAAAUACUGUUGCGGUCUUUUGAACCACAGGCAAACCAGCAAGGAUAGAAUUGAGAAAAUGCGUGGCGAACUUGGACCGAAUUCGUGUCGGGUGUGUUUGGAGCCCAGUGUGCGAUUGCAGCCCCUUGACGAGUCCAGGGAGGAAGGUGAAGAGACUCCAAAUGAAAUGCUAAUCCAACUACUUGGAGUCUCUUACAGUAAGUUAAAUGGUCACGAACCCAUUCCCGAUGGUAUAUGCAAGGCUUGCAAGGUGGAACUGAAUAUGGCCUAUCAAUUUCGAGAAAAGGCGUUGCGCAAGCAGGCCGAGAUUGAAUCAUAUUGUCGUGACAUGGGACUUUUGUUGGAGGACAAUGAUGCAGAAGGUGAAACAGAAGUCGACGGCGAGGCGGAUACAGAUGAUGUGAUAGUCAAGGAGGAAGACGUCACACAAAAUGAAGAAGACAUGUUCAUAAUGGAUGAUCAAGAAGACCAAAAAAAUGCUGCAUAUCUGGAUGUGGAUGCAAAUACUAAUGCAGAGAUUGGCGAGCAACAGGAAGUAUUGUUGGACGAUAUUGAAUACUUGGACGAAAACUAUUCAAUUGAGAUGAAUCCUGAUCAGCAGGAAAUUGUGCUGGAGACCACAAGUGGUGAUGGCGUCAAAGCAACAUCAGCCGAGGGCUUCGAGGAUAGUUCCACCCAGGAUAUGGCAUUUAAAGCAGCGGCCCAAACUAAUUUGAAGGUUCGGCGUAGCAAAGCCCGCCGUGGCUUUAACUCACUGCGCACCUCUGAUGGAGCCGAGAAGGGUGGCUAUGUUUGCGAUGUCUGUGGCAAUUUCUAUGAGAAACGUAGCAGAAUGUUGGAGCAUCGACGGCGGCAUGAUGCUGUAUUUCAAUACCAGUGCGAACUCUGCGAGGCCAAGUUCCAGGUGCGGGAACAGCUUCGCAAGCAUAUGUAUUCGCACACGGGCAGCAAACCCUUUAAAUGCAGCUACUGCAGUCGCCAGUUCUACUAUGAGAGUGUGCUCAAGUCCCAUGAGAAUGUCCAUCGUGGCGUUAAACCAUAUGUGUGCAAAGUGUGCGACAAAGCAUUCGCCUACGCCCAUUCCCUGUCUAAACAUGAACUUAUCCAUACGGAUAUUAAACUAUAUCGUUGCGAUUAUUGUCACAAGGAUUUCCGCCUGCUACACCAUAUGCGCCAGCAUGAGGAGACAAAAUGCCACCAGAAUGCUGUUAUGUUGGCAGAAAAUCUAAAAUACAACUCCGAAGAGCAGGUGGAGCUUCUUGGUGAGGAUGAACUAAGGGAAAUUAAAUAUGCAAACUGAUUGGUUUCGGAGCGGAAAAUUCUUUGCAAUAAAAAAGAUUUUAGUUAUUUUAUAUUUCCUUUCACCAUCCUAUAUAAAUAUCCAAAAUUAUGCGAUACAUAUACAUAAAUCGAAUUACCAUUAAUAAAAAACAGACUAAAUGUUA